UAAUAUUGGAUGCCAACCGUCGUUAAACCCCACCGAAUAAUACUUUCUUGUAGCUAGCUAACCCUUCUUAUUAUAGCUCAGUGAGAUAACCAUUUCGGACUAAAAUAGUCGAAAUAGUUAGCUAGAUAGAAAUUGUAACGUUAGCCAACUAGCUAGCUAGCUUGUUAACUGAAAUAAUAUUAUACAAAAUGCAUUUAAUCUUUGUUUUAAACUGACUGACGUAUCGUAGUUAAUUUACGUUGGUGGCAGGCAAACUUGUUUUCUUCAGCUCAAGCCGAGGGAAGUUAACAAGCUAACGUUAGCUAGCUACAAUUACAUUUUUGUGAAUUCAUGGGGGGUGGACACACAAUUAAAUACGUCAUUGGCUAACGGCCUCGAUUUCCAUCAAAACACCUAUGGCAAAGUGGUUGAAGGACUACUUGAACUUCGGCAGCCGUCGUGACGCCCCCCAGCUUCCGCGUCCUGACUACACAGAGAGUGAGAUCCUGAGGGCCUACAGAGCCCAGAAAGACCUGGACUUUGAAGACCCCUACCAGGGCGCAGAGAAACCACAAAAUGGCUGCUACGGUGGCUGUAGGGGGACAGUAAGCCUGCAUGCGUUUCCCGCCUUCGCUUCUGUCCUUCCCAACAAUGCAGAGGUGAAGGUGGUGUCUCCCAAACACAGGCUGAUCAAGGUGGACUCUCAGGAGUUCAGUCGCAAUAAGGUCCCCCUCAGCCCCGUCACCAUCCACCAAGAACCGGUGCUUCCCUCUGCUCCUGCAGCAGUAGGGGACUCAGACACCGACUACUCAGACCCGUUUGAUGCCAGACCAGUUCCUCGGCUUAGAGCAGAUUGGGAGCCUAACCCUAACCCACACCUUACCUUGGGCCUCAGCCCCAUCACCAGUCCCACCCUGGUAGCCUUCAGCCCUAACCCUAUCCUAGGUCUCAGUCUCCGUCCAGGGCACAGCAGCAGCUACAUGGAACCCUUUGAAGCCCAGAGGGUCAUCACAGAGCUCAAACAGGGCCCAGAGCAGGGCCGGCCAGGAGUGGGCAGUGGAAGGUCAGGGGUUGGGAUCGGAGAUCAACUCUAUGAUGACCCCUACGAUGGGACUCGACAUCGCCACCGGGGGGCGCCACCGCAGCAGCAGGGGAGAGAGUUCCUCAGGGACGAACAGAGAGAGGUCAGAGAGAGCAGGCUGCCCCAGGACGAUGAGAGACCAGCAGAGGAGUAUGACCAGCCCUGGGAAUGGAAGAAGGACAACAUCUCCAAAGCUCUAGCAGUGAAGUUUGAGGGGGCAGAGUGGGAGAAGUCGUUAGCCCAGUCAGACCAGGCCAGACUACCCAGGACCAGCCCCACAGCCCCAGGGGGCGCAGCCAGCCUUCUGAGGCCUGGUGGCACCACCCCUAUCCUGGGUGAGAGAGUGGACCCCUGCCUGCCCCUGGAGAGACAGGUGUGGUACCACGGUUCUGUGAGUCGUGCGGAGGCAGAGACUCUACUGACGUUGUGCAAAGAGAGUUCCUACCUGGUGAGGAAGAGCCAGGCCUGCCCACAAGACUACUCACUCUCCCUCAGGAGUUGUCAGGGCUUCAUGCAUAUGAAGUUCACUCGGAGUUCAGAGAGUCGUUACGUCCUGGGAGAGAACAGUCCUCCAUUCUCCUCUGUACCAGAGGUCAUUCACUACUACACCAAGCACAAACUACCUAUCAGAGGAGCUGAACACCUGUCUCUGCUCUACCCUGUCAUAGUACAGACCCUCUGACCCUUCUCCACUCAUUAUCUGCAUCCCAACUGGCACCCUAUUCCCUAUGUAGUGCACUCUGAUCACAAGUAGUGCACUAUAUAGACAAUAGAGUGGGACACGGCUAUUUAUGAUACUAUUACUAAUACAGAAGGUGCUGUCGUCUGCGGAGAUGCUAACAUGGCUGCUGUGGAACUGUGUGAUGUUAUUCUUAGAGCGUCAACAUGGUUCUGGUGGAAACCACAAUGGUUGAACUAUUACAGUUGAAGUCGGAAGUUUACAUACACCUUAGACAAAUACGUUUAAACUCAGUUUCACAAUUCCUGACAUUUAAUCCUAGUAAAAAUGCCCUGUCUUAGGUCAGUUAGGAUCACCACUUUAUUUUAAGAAUGUGAAAUGUCAGAAUAAUAGUAGUGAAUGAUUUAUUUUGUUUAUUUCACCACAUUCCCAGUGGGUCAAAAGUUUACAUACACUCAAUUAGUAUUUGGUAACGUUGCCUUUAAAUUGUUUAACUUGGGUCAAACGUUUCAGGUAGCCUUCCACAAUAAGUUAGGUGCAUUUUUGCCCAUUCCUCCUGACAGAACUGGUGUAACUGAGUCAGGUUUGUAGGCCUCCUUGCUCGCACACGCUUUUUCAGUUCUGCCCACAAAUUUUCUAUAGGAUUGAGGUCAGCGCUUUGUGAUGGUCACUCCAAUACCUUAACUUUGUUGUCCUUAAGCCAUUUUGCCACAACUUUGGAAGUAUGCUUGGGGUCAUUGUCCAAUUGGAAGACCCAUUUGCGACCAAGCUUUAACCUCCUGACUGAUGUCUUGAGAUGUUGCUUCAAUAUAUCCACAUAAUUUCCGUUCCUCAUGAUGCCAUCUAUUUUGGGAAGUGCACCAGUCCCUCCUGCAGCAAAGCACCCCCACAACAUGAUGCUGCCACACCCGUGCUUCACGUUUGGGAUGGUGUUCUUCGGCUUGCAAGCAUCCCCCUUUUUCCUCCAAACAUAACGAUGGUCAUUAUUACCAAACAGUUUUUUUUUUGUUUCAUCAGACCAGAGGAAAUUUCUCCCCAUAUUGAGUUGCACCCCCUUUUGCCCUCAGAACAGCCUCAGUUUGCCAGGUCAUGGACUACAAGAUGUCGAAAGCGUUCCACAGGGAUACUGGCCCAUGUUGACUCCAAUGCUUCUCACAGUUGUCAAGUUGGCUGGAUGUCCUUUGAGUGGUGGACCAUUCUUGAUACACACAGGAAACUGUUGCGUGUGAAAAACCCAGCAGCAUUGCAGUUCUUGACACACUCAAUCCGGAACGCGUACUACCAUACCCCGUUCAAAGGCACUUCAAUAUUUUGUCUUGCCGAUUCACACUCUGAAUGGCGCACAUACACAAUCCAUGUCUGAAUUGUCUAUAGGCGUAAAAAUCCUCCUUUAACCUGUCUCCUCCCCUUCAUACACACAGGUGACAUCAGUAAGGGAUCAUAGCUUUCACCUAGUCAGCGUGUAAUGGGAAGAGCAGGUGUUCCUAAUGUUUUGUACACUCGGUGUAGUUGUGUGUUAAAGUGUGAAUGUUUUUUUGACUUUGAUCAUGAAAGCUAAAGAAUAAUAGGUAGGUUUGUUACUGUGGUGCUGUUUGUAAGAUUUUCUCAUGUUCUAUGAAAAUAAAGUAAUUCUGUUUUUAAAAAA